ACCGGUGGUAUUCUCAGCAGGCUGCGGACCGGGCUGGGCGGUCGGCGCGCCCCAGCCCAGCAGGCCGAGGGUGCGGGCCAGCAGACCGGCCUGUGCCGCUGGUGGUACGGUGCUGGUCCCAGCGGCCACCGCGGCGGUGAUCAGCAGCGGUAGCAGGAACCGAGCGGCCAGCAUGGUGGCUGGGGAAACGCAGAAUGUGCUUCGCUUCGCUCAGACGUCCAGCAACAGCUCCACCAACAAGGGCGCUCGGAGCUUAAGCUUAUCCUGGGAACGUCUGAACUUCACCAAAGAAGUAUCCACCUUCGGCAGCUGGAGGAGCCCGUGACCUUCCCCAGCCCUCGCAAUGCCGCGGGGCAGUGACAGCUCCGGUCGUCGGAUCAGAGCGCCACGCGGCACCAUCCGACCACACCCGGGCUUUGACGAGGAAGCCGCGCUGGCCCAGGUGCGCACCCUGUACCGAGCCCUGCAGAGACCCGUCGACACGGCAGCGGUUAUCAGCGUGCUCACCAAGUACACGCUACACGAGCGGAAAUAUGUGGAGGACGUGUAUAACGUGCAGCAUGAGCCAAAACUACAGCAUGCGCUGCGAGCCGCCUUCUCAUACAACGCUCAGGCGACGCUGCUAGCGCUGCUGCAGUGGCAAAACCAGUUCCUGGCGGCCGCCGCGCGUCGUGCUCUCGUCGCGAGACCCACCGACAAGGCUACUCUGAUCGAGCUGUUCUGUGGCCAGUCACAGGACGAGCUGCGAGACAUGGUGCGCACCUACGACCGGCUUCACAGCCGGCCUCUGCAGGCAGAGCUGCGCGCGCAGCUCAACGGAGAGCUGCGGCAGCUGGCACUGGCUCUGACCGCGCUGAACCGAGACCAGUCAGCGUCGCCGGGAGACAACGCCGCCAGAGAGCUGGCCGGUCGGCUGGCGGCGGCCGGACAGGGCCGAGAUGUCGAGAUGUUCAUCAGCGUCUUCAGCACGGCCGGCUACCCGCUGCUGCGGCGCGCCUUCGAGCUCCUCCCGGAGGUCAACCCUAGCCAUGCGGACAUACAGACUGUGAUCCGGGCCAGCUUUGGCGGCGAUAUCCGCACCGGCCUGCUGGCCGUGGCCCAGUGUGUGGCUGACCAGCCGGGCUACUUUGCCGAGCGCCUGUAUCGCGCCAUGCGCGGGCUCGGCACUGACGACACGGCACUCAUCCGGAUCCUGGUCUCCCGGGCGGAGAAUGAUCUGCAGAAUAUCAAGGACGCCUACCACCAGCGCUACGGCAAGAGCCUGGCGGCUGCCGUGGAAGACGAUACGUCCGGCACCUACUGGCACUGUCUGAGGGCCAUCAUCAAACCGUAGUCCUACCGACCUUUAAUCAGGGCCAUCAUCAAACACUCGACGCCGGUGGCAGCUCGUGAGCUCGUGAUGCUCGUAGUUUGUACUUGUGAUAGUUUGUGAAAUAUGCAUAGUGUGGUGUGAAUGAGCACCCAGUAAACAUGCCGAUGUCGGCCCGACGUCGGCCGACGUCGGGGUGACGUCGGCAACUCGGCAUCGGCAUGCCGACGUCGGCCCGACGUCGGUCCAACCUCGGCACGACGUCGGUUGGAUGUCGGAUAUGCCCGCAUGUACCGACGUCCAGCCGAGGUCCAGCCGACGUCGGGCCGACGUCGGACCGAGAUCAAUUGCUGAGGUCCAGCCGACGUCGGGCCGACGUCGGGGCGACGUCGGACCGACAUCGGCCGAGGUUUCGACCGUUAAAAUACUGUAAAAUACAUGUUUCAUGUCUCUUAAA